GGUUUCUUGUAAGAGAGAGAGAGGGAUUUUAAUUAAAGAAUGAAUAACGUUGAGUCCAAGAUUUUCCAUUUCAUGAAGCCUUUGGCUUUGUUUGUCAAACUUGUCAAAGCCUAUCCCUUACCCUUUCUCUUCUCCCUUUGAACCUUUCUUUCACCCUCUUCAACGUUUUCAGUUUCCUCUUUACAUAAGCAAUCUUUUCGCUUACCAAAUCUCUAAUUUCCAUCUCCUUUUAAUUUCUGGGUUUUCUUUUAUUCACUGAUUCAUUGGCUUCUUUUACAUCCUUGUGUUUUAGCUUCUGGGUUUGAUUUAUUUGUUCUAAUAAGCAUCUGGGGUCUUGUUAAUCGGUUACCUUUAUCUUAUUGUUGAGAUAGCAUGACUGAAAGCCACAGCACUGCAAGUGUUAGCUCAAGUUCAAGUUUGAAUAGCAGCUUCCAAGAUACUGAAGAUGACCACACAAUUGCAGCCAUUUUAGCUGAAGAUGAAAAUUCCAAAACCGAUCAAGGCAAGCUUGGGAAGAGACUCUCUCACUUGGAUUCUGUCCCUCACACGCCCCGAAUUAAUGGGGAGAUUCCGGAUGUGAAUGAUGCAACCUUAGACCAUGAGCGGCUGUCUGAAAGGUUGGCCACAUAUGGCUUAGCUGAACUGCAAAUGGAGGGAGAUGGAAAUUGCCAGUUUCGAGCAUUAGCAGAUCAGUUAUUUCGCAAUCCAGAAUACCACAAGCAUGUAAGAAAGGAAAUCAUCAAGCAGCUGAAGCAUUUCAGAAAAUUAUAUGAAGGCUAUGUCCCAAUGAAGUACAAAAGCUACCUGAAGAAAAUGAAAAAAUCAGGGGAAUGGGGAGAUCAUGUUACUUUACAGGCGGCUGCAGAUCGAUUUGAAGCCAAAAUUUGUUUGGUUACCUCAUUUCGAGACACUUGCUAUAUUGAGAUCAUUCCCAAAGACAAGAAUCCAACAAGAGAGCUUUGGCUGAGCUUCUGGAGUGAAGUACAUUAUAAUUCAUUAUAUGCAACUGGAGAUGUUCCUGCUAGGAAACCUAGAAGAAAGCAUUGGCUUUUCUAGAGUAGUGACGAAACACGGUGAUUAGGUACAAUGUUCGCAAGCAGAGACAGAUGCUUGUGUAGGCUAUUAAGUUACAAAUGUUCGUGCACAUUCUCGAUGUAGUCGUUUAUGCACCGGAUGUUUGGCACUGGUACUGGUACUGGUAAAAUGUUCGAUGCUUCUCUCCACAGAAGUGUUGUUGUACAUAGAAAGCUUAUUAUCAAAUUAGUGUUAUCUCAUUUGAACCAUUGGAUUAUAUUUAAUCAACUCUUAGACCAUAGUUUACAGGAUUUAUGUUGUUCUGAUACUCUACGGAUUAAUAAUGUAUGGAAUUGAUUAUAAAAAAUUAUUUUUUAUUUAGUUA